ACAUCGGUGGAGGCUGCGUGCAGUGCGCCAACACGGCAAAGGCGUGAUGCGGUUGGCGAGUCAACGCAGAUUCUUUGAUGCGAAUUCUGCGCGGCUUCCGGCGUAGUCAGUUUAAUCUGUUGGUCCUACGGAUCGACCACUGGAUGCAUGGAGAGGAAGUCGAUGACGACGGGCUCCCACUGGAUGAGGUGGUCAUGGAGCCGGCCGUGGCGAUGGGCCAAGAUUCUCUUCUUUCUCUUGGCCACGCUGGCUUCUCUCCUCCUCCUCGUCGCCCCGCCGCUGCUUGCUGCCGUCAUCGACCUGCUUCUGCCGCUGGCUGCCGUGCUCUCCGCCGACUCGAAUUCUCCUAUCUCCGCCUCGGUGCUCUCUGCCCAGCUGAAGAGCUUCGACUUCCGGACCUCGCUGGUUGACUUGCCUUUGGUCUCCGCAGGCAGAUGCUUUUGCGAUGGGCGCCGAGGACUGUACCUGGGUUUCACCACGCUGUGUAGCCUCCUCUCGAUCGCUUACCUUCUGCUCAAGGCCGUCAACAUGUGCAUGGCGGCUUCGUCGCCGCCGUGGCGACCACGGCUUGCGGCGGACGGGAAAGACAUGGUCGCGAUCGAAGCUUUGUUCUUGAGCUCGUUUGCGCUGGCGGUGGCUCACGUCGUGGUGGCGGCCUACAGGGGCAGCUGGAGGGAGAGGCGGAAGCUGCUCGUUUUCAGGAUCGAUGUUGAAGCUGAAAGCAUUUGCAACGUCAUUUGUUCUUCUUCGUUCUCAUCGUUUCUGUGUCGGCCAUGA